CAUAUACCCUAACAAACACACUAACAUCCAUAUAUAAAUACCUCACAGCCUCAUGAUGUGUUCAAGUAGUACUACUGAGAAGUUGCUAGCUAGGCUCGCAAGAAACAAAGAUGGCUACAACAGGAAAGAUAGUGCGUGAAGUUGAAGUGAAAUGCCAUCGUCACCAGGUCCAUGGAAUCUACAAGAACAACCAUAACGAUUUGGCAACCAUUGCCCCAGAUAAGGUUGAAGCUUGCCAUUUAGUUUCUGGUCAAUGGGAUGCUCCUGGGUCUGUAAUUCAAUGGAACUACUACCAUGAUGGAAAAGUGGAAACUGCGAAAGUAAUCAUUGAAGAAGUUGACGAUGAAUUUCACAAAAUUGUGUACAAGGUGAUUGAAGGAGCUGUGUUGGAGUUUUAUAAUCCAGUAGUCCUCACUUUCAGUACUGAAGAUAAGGGGGAUAAGAAGUUGGUUAUAUGGACUAUGGAGUUCGAGAAAGUGAAUGCAAGUCUUCCUGAUCCAACACACUAUCUGGACUUGAUUUGUGCAGUCGUCGAAGAUGUGGAUGGUCAUCUUUUUAAGUAGCUAUGAUGGCAACGAUCAAAGUGUUUUGCAAUAAAAAAAAGGUCGCUGAUAACUUCAUGAUAAAUAUUGGCUGCUUGUCAGUUUUUGUAUUGUAAAAUAGCGUGAUGUCAUGGUUGUGUAAUUUGUAAUAUAAGAACUUUUUUAAUUUCAGUUUAUAAUUACAGUGAUUACCUUUUUAGAGAA